UUUGUUUGUGAAAGACAAAAACAAUGGGCACACAAACACACGGUUCACUGUUAUUGUAUUGUCGGAGGCACCAACGUUAAGACUGACGGACUGAAGUCUACUGUACCGCAACGGAAAUUGGUACAGGUUGAAAGAACGUGAAAGGAGUGCGAAGGAACUGAACACCCGCGAAUGGACUCAGCGAGUGGGGGGGGCAACAAAACAAACCGUGUCACCCUGUGUGACCACACUUGAUGGCUGAAUACUCCCCACGCCAGUCCACCUCUUUUAAUUUAACACGCGUUUAACUGUCGCUAUUUACUCACCGAAUUUCUUCGUGGUUACAUUUAAUAAUAACGUCACAAGCUAGUGAACCACCAUGCUAACUUAGCUUUAGCCACAAGUCAUACUGAGUGGCUAGCUUACAGGAUGUAGCCAAGGUUGAAGGGUCUUCGUUCGCGUCGAUGGUGAUUUACUCCCAACCAAGCGGUUCCUCAAUAGUAAGUGAGCGGAGAAUGUGAAGCACAAUGGCUAACUUGGAAGCUUACAGGGAGUACCAGAGGAUUGAGGACCUGGAGGAGGACUCUCCACCCGGGGAGGAGGACUUGCUACUACACGUGCCCGAAGGCCUGAAAGAUUCAUGGCACCACAUCAAGAACUUGGAUAACUUCUUCACAAGGAUCUAUCAUUUCCAUCAAAAGAAUGGCUUCGCCUGCAUGAUGCUGUCAGAGUUCUUUGAGCUUGUUCAGUUUCUGUUCGUUGUCACGUUCACAACGUUCCUGGUCAACUGCGUGGAGUAUGACGUCCUGUUUGCCAAUCGAGCUGUCAAUCAUACAGGGCCGGGACACAAUCCCUUGGACAGGAGCAAAGUCACUAUCCCUGAUGCCCUCUUGCCCAGCCAGCAGUGUACUGAGAGGAUCCAAGGUAACAGCUGGAUCAUAUUCCUGCUCAUCAUGGCAGCCGUCUUCUGGCUCUAUCGCCUUGUCAAGGUCUUUUGCAAUGUCCUAAGCUACUGGGAGAUCCGCCAGUUCUAUAUCAAAGCGCUGAAGAUCCGAAUGGAUGAACUAUGCAACUUCACGUGGCAGGAAGUCCAGGACCGUCUCAUCAGCCUGCAACGAGAGCAGCAAAUGUGCAUCCACAAGAAAGAGCUGACAGAACUCGACAUCUAUCACCGCAUCCUGCGGUUCAAGAACUACAUGGUGGCCAUGAUCAACAAAUCCCUGCUUCCCGUGCAGCUGCAGCUCCCCCUGCUGGGCAAUGUGGUCUUCCUCACGCAGGGCUUGAAGUACAACUUUGAGCUCAUUCUCUUCUGGGGACCUGGCUCACUGUUCCAGAACAAGUGGAACCUGCACCCCAAGUACAAGCGUAGUGGUAACCGCCUAGAACUGGCACAGCAGCUCAGCAGAGUCAUUCUGCUGAUGGGCGUGGCCAACCUGCUGCUGUGUCCUUUUAUUUUGGUGUGGCAGGUCCUCUACGCCUUCUUCAGCUACACUGAAAUCAUUCGGCGCGAGCCUGGGAGCCUAGGUGCACGCCGAUGGUCCCUCUAUGGUAGAUUAUACUUGCGUCACUUCAAUGAGCUCAACCACGAGCUGCACGGACGCUUAGGACGAGGCUACAAGCCCACGUCUAAGUACAUGAACUCCUUCAUGUCACCACUGCUCACUGUGCUCGCUAAAAACAUCGCCUUCUUCUCCGGCUCAGUGUUGGCUGUGCUCAUCGCACUGACAGUCUAUGAUGAAGAUGUCCUGACAGUGCAGCACAUUCUGACUGCUAUCACUGUGCUGGGAGUGGUCAUCACGAUCACCAGGUCCUUCAUCCCAGAUGAGCAUAUGGUGUGGUGCCCAGAGCAGCUGCUGCAGUGCAUGCUGGCACACAUCCACUACAUGCCAGACCACUGGAGGGGCAACGCUAACAAGAGCGAAACCCGCGAUGAGGUGGCGCAGCUGUUCCAGUACAAAGCGGUGUUCAUCCUGGAGGAGUUGCUGAGUCCCAUCGUCACCCCCUUCAUUCUCAUCUUCCUGCUGAGGAACAAGUCUCUGGAGAUCAUUGACUUCUUCAGGAACUUUACAGUGGAGGUGGUUGGAGUGGGAGACAUCUGUUCUUUUGCACAGAUGGACAUCAGACGCCACGGAAACCCAACUUGGAUGUCCGAGGGCCAGACGGAGGCGUCCGUGUACCAACAAGCUGAGAACGGCAAGACAGAGUUGUCUCUCAUGCACUUCACCAUUAAGAACCCACACUGGCAGCCACCUCUGGAGAGCUCUGUAUUCAUCAGCCACCUCAAGGAGAAGGUGCAACAUGAUGCACAAGGUGGUCCGUCCACGCAGCUUCUCCUUUCUGAGGCUCCUCUCUGCACAUCACUGCAGUCCAAUGAAUCUGGGACAGGGCCUGAUAAUCUGUUAGCAAGCGUCCUGGCGCACCCCGUCCUAACAGCGUCAGGACUACAAGGCAGAGAUCAUCGCUUUAUCCCACCAAGCACAGCAGCGUCAGCCGCCGCCAGCGUCUUAGCCUCUUUGUCUACGUCUCAGCUUGUACAUGGCAGCCAUCGUGGCCGCCUGCACCGCCAUCAAACCUCUUCUGUGCAUCCAGAGAGCACCAUGUACCGCAGUGAUCGCACCAUCUUUGACAGUAUGUCAACCAGUGACAGCCGUUUACGGAGCAAUACCCUACACUCAGAGUUUGCCUCUGCAGAGAUGAGCCUUCACGCUAUCUACAUGCACGAGCUCCACCAGCAGACCUCUCAUCCGCAGAGAAGUUCAGGGCAUUUGCCACAAAACCAAAUGCCAAUGACAGAACUGCACAGCAACACUGCUUUCCCAGCCCACGUUUGUUGUACAACAUCUUUAGCCACCCCUGUGCAACUUGGUGGGUGGCAAGAAGAAGAGGAGGAGGAUGAAGGUGAACAGGAGAUUAACAGUGGAUCCACUCCAAAACAAGCCACCGGGAGGAGUCACUAAAGUGCCUUAUGACAUAAGUGUUUACAUUUUACUUUUCUCCAGUGAACAUGGUGGCCUUAGAGGAUCUUCAUGGAGAAUUAUAGCACGGAUCUUUAAAUGCGUCUUUUCAACGUUCAGUGUCAUGAGGGACUCUCACAAACAUGAAGUAACCACUGUCAUCAUCUUCUUCUGCAAGCCUCAUCUGGCAGACAUCAGGGAAGCAUACAUUUUUGUUUUUUUACACAUGGUUUUUGUCAAUGUGUAUUCAUAAAACCACUGAUGGAAACUCCAAAGGAUCAUGCUGACCUCUGCUUUUAGCUCUGCGUGCACUAUGAAGCAGUGCACAUUACAGCAACAGUCUACUUGUAGAAUGUCAGUCUCUCCCCUGCAUUACUUCAGAGCUUGACUAUAAAAGGCAUACUACCACAGUAGAAGAACAUGUGGCAAAAGCCCUUCGAUGGAACAUUUUGAUGCUGCUGCCUGUGUUUGCGUCACAGAAUUGGUUCAGUAUUAUUGUGUCUCAAGCUUUUGUAUCAUUUAUUUAAUGAUGUUAGGAAACAAAUACAGAUUUCCAAUACAGGAAGAAGAGGUUUUUAUGUCCCAUGUAGACAAUUACCUAGGGCUUUUAUCCAACAAGUUUUUUAGUUUUUCAGUCAAGCACUGAUCCAAGAAAUUAUCAGGAAAAUACAUGCUUGGGUUUGCUUUUAGAUGUCUUGAUUGUACAUGUUUGUUUUUUAAUAGGCAUGCAAUUAGAGUGGAAGAUUUCUGGUACAUUUCUACAAACGUGUCAUGGAAAGUGUGCCAAUAAGCUUUAGUGAGAAUAUUUUAUUUAGAACUUUAAGUUCUUUCCAUGGAUGACAGAGCACAUAUAUCCUUUGACCAUUUACAUUUUUAUCAAACGUUCCUUAUUAUAAACCCCUUUUACACUUGCCUAUAAAAGCCGUAAAUUUUUCCUGCCUUCUUUUGUGUCACUGUUCUGCAUAAACUGCACCAAACAGCGCACAGAAUGAAAGUCAACCGGGGAAUUUUCCACCCGCCCUUUUGUGUUGAAAGCAAUUGUCUCUGUCUAACAUUAAUUUGCUGUUUUUGCUGUGUGAAAGCGCACACGGCUUCGGCAAUAUCCUGCUUCAAAGAUUUCUGUUUGAAAGGCAAAGGCGGACAAGUACUGCUCCUUUCCUACCCAAGAUUUGAAUAGUUGAUAUUUUCUCCUUAAUCUGGCAUUCCCCUACAAGAGUGUGCAAAAAAAGCCCCUCAAUCAACAUUUAAUGAGCUCUAUCUGUAUUUAUUACUUCUUGCCCUCUGAUAUUUAAUAGAUAGGUGAUUGUUAUUUAUUUAAAAUAAUUAAUUAUUGAUUUGCAAUCAAUGGCGGUGCCCACAUAUAUACAAGUAGCUCACAAAGUGACAUGAAAUCAUGUCAGAAUAGUAGAAAAUGCCCAUACUAUAUACAGGUACAUAUAAAAUACACAGGUUGAUAGAACUAGAGGCUAUAUAUUGCUUUAUGGCUUUUAUUUUAUUACUAUUUUUAAAUCAUAAUCAAAUGUCAUUAAUACUUCAAAAAAACAUGUCGGCCUCAUUGUUCAUGUAUCUGUGGAUGGACAAAAGUUUAACAAUGCUAAAAUCUCAGUAUUGUGCACUGAUACAUAUAAAUAUAUGCGUAAUAAGCACAGUUUUACAUGUACAUAAUAUUGCAGCUCAGAAAGGGGGCGGAGUCCCAAAGGGACACUUGACUCCGCCCCUGAGCCACCACUACCACCUCUACGCGUUUGUAUAUGUAAAAAGAUAUAUCACCUUUUGUAUCAUCAGUGUGGCCAAUCAGGUGAGGUUGUGUCACAUGCUUUUUGUGGUCACCAUCUUACUAGUUUGAGACACUGGAGCUUGUUGUGUGUUUUAUAAGACAGUUGCACCUCACUGCUGGUGUUCUCCUUUUAUUUGAAGCAGUGCCUUAGUGUUAACGACUCAUAUGGGAUUUAUUUACAGUAAAUAUUAUGCCAUACUCACGUCACUGUGUGUGUAACAUCAAAUACAACAGUCAAAAUGUCUUUUAAAAUGCAUUUAUUACAUUUAUGCAGUUUCACUUUGCACUGAUUUCUGUCAUCAAUGUAUGACUUCAUGCCCACCACACACACACACACACAUACACACAGUGGCUGGGACAAGGUGCUAUGUUUUAAUGCUGAAAUACUACAAUAAGGUUUAAAACCUUCUAAAUACUAAACACUAGCAGACGAAUGCAACUUUCCGGCACAAAAACAUGUUUUCUGUGUCCUGAGUUAAGAGGCAGAUACAUCUUAUGUGUUCCAUUUUCUGUGUGCGUGCGUGUGUUAAGGAUUAUGUAAUGUUUAUUUGAAAUAAAACAUACUUUGG